AUGAUUUGGAACAAAUUCAUCAUAGAUCCUACUUUCACUGUUGUAGAGACAACUCACUAUCCCACGAGCAAGAUCCCCUUCCCUGCGGUCAUCGUUUGCGAUACGGAAAUGGUGUACGGACCUAACACAAACAGUGUCAAAAAAAUAUUGGUUCUACGAGGAUUUCAAAACGAUCAAAUUGAUGAUUUCUUCCGGAGUCUAAUGGACAUAAAACUAACAGAAUACGAAAUACAACCUCAUGUAAACAAAAUGCACUCAAUUCUGGAAAGUCUUGGUUAUACGUAUCUUGAUCUAUUAGAUAUGUUUAAGAAACCGUGUGAAGUAUUGAUAGAGAAAUGUAUUUGGAGAUCGAAGCUGGUCAAUUGUACGGAAAUGUUUCGUAUAGUGCUCACGUAUGUUGGAUAUUGUUGCAAAUUUGAUCUGACUUAUUUUAGUUUGCACGCUGAAGAAGGAACCAACUUUGCAGCUGGUACGGAGAUAACUGAAGCCUUAGAUAUAACAUUGAAUACAGAUAAAUACGAUAGCAACGGAAAUAAAAGCGAUGGUUACGCAUCGUUGUAUGUCCUCGACAAGGACGACAAUAUAACAAUUUUAGACAACUCUAUAAUAAUUACCACAGGGGCGUAUUUCGAUGCCACCAUCACUGUUUGGAUAAUGGAUUCAUCCGCAGAUGUUAAGGCACUCUCCCUUUCUAAUAGAAAGUGUUUUCUAGACACGGAUUCAAAAACUGGAGCUACUUCCUAUCAAAACUGUAUGAUGAAUUUAGUCAUGAAGAGAAUUGUCGAAUAUUGUCAAUGUAUACCAUUCGACUUUGAUGGUAGUGUAUUAUCUGUUGACAAUUUCCCUGCUUGCUCCUGGGGUCGUCUUACCUGCGUUUACGAUUCCUUGGAAUUUGUGCAAGGCAAUAUACGUGAAGUCGUUUCUCGUAACGAUUGUCAUCAGAACUGCGAUUACAUCGAGUAUGAGACAGAAGUCGAAUAUUUAAAACGGGACCGAACAAUUAGGAUUCCACGAACAAACAGUCGCGUUACCGUUCACUUCGAAGACAACAGUUGUAUGAAGUACAGACGAGAGGUUCUCUACACGUGGGACCAGAUGUUGGCUAAUCUAGGCGGCGUGUUCGGACUCUGUCUCGGAGGGUCAAUAAUAAGCAUUAUAGAGAUUGUGUGGUUUAUCCUGGAUCUCGUCUGCACGUGCUGCGGUAAUUAUAAAACUGACAGAGUCACCCCGAAGAGUCGUGGCAUGGUUAAAGAAGUCUUUACAAUAUCCAACAAAGAAAACAACGGCAAACAACUCAACAGAAAAGAAAAUAUCACUCCGAGAUUUAAGUUUACACACUGA